AGGCGAGCGGGUUGUGUGAGGAGGUGAUCUCCGGGUUUCUUUACACGAAAUACGGGGAAAACACGACUCAACGCGUGACGGUCCCAGGAACGGCGCACAGCAUCUCCCGUUCUCGGAAUCUGUAGGUCAUCUAAGAAUCUGAAUUGGGAUGUGAUGGGUCCAUGCUCCUCACGCGUUCCGCCGCCUUUUGCACAGACCAAGAGGAUGUCUGAGGAUGUGGCGCGACAGACGCGCAGCCAGAAGAGGGCCCUGGAGCGGGAGGUGCCGGCCCUGGACGGAGAGCCCAAGCGGCUCAAGCUGGACAGGGGUGAGCUGGUGUCUGGCAAGGUGGCCAGCAUCCUGAAGACCGGAGAGGUGAAGGCGACCAUCAAAGUGGAGGUGCAGGCCCACGACGAGCCUGUGGACAUGAGCACAUCUCGCAGUCAUGGUGACAUAAAGAAAGAACGGCCACCGACACCAGAUGAUGUAAUUGUUUUAUCAGACAACGAACCCUCCAGUCCGUGUGUAAAUGGGAUGAGUCAGAGCUUCAAGAAAACAGACACAGAGAUGCUCAUGAGGAGCAGUCCUGAGGAGCGUCAGAAGAUAAUCACCCAGCUGAGGGAGGAGCUGCGUCUGCAAGAGGCCAAACUUGUGCUGCUGAAGAAACUGCGGCAGAGCCAGAUCCAGAAGGAGAGCGUGGUGUCGAAGGCAACCAAUUCGCUGUCGAAUCCUCCACCUCUUGUACGAGGCAGCAUCACAUCCAGUAAAGCUCCUUUGCAGGUGUCGUCCGGUCGAAGCGCCGGCACGGUUAUCCCUCCCCCUCUGGUCCGGGGCGGGGCGCAGGUUUCUAAGCAGGCUUCAGUAGUGAUGCCACCCUUAGUCAGAGGCUCCCAGCCCAACGCUAUAACUCCUCAGCAGAUAGCCACGUUGCGGCAGCAGCACUCUGGCUCGGGGCCUCCGCCCUUGCUGCUGGGGCCCCGCACCUCUGUGCCCAGCGUCCAGGUGCAGGGCCAGAGGAUCAUCCAGCAGGGCCUGAUCCGCGUGGCCAACGUCCCCAACUCCAACAUGCUGGUCAGCAUCCCGCAGGGGUCACCCACAGGGCUGAAGGGUUCCUCGGGCUCCACCCAGUUAGGUGCUGGCAGUAACACCUCUUCAGGCAACGCCAGUGACUCCCCGGCCAGCCGGCAGGCCGCUGCCAAACUGGCCCUGCGGAAGCAGCUGGAGAAGACUCUACUGGAGAUCCCACCCCCAAAACCACCUGCGCCAGAGCUCAAUUUCUUGCCCUCCGCCGCUAACAACGAGUUCAUCUACCUGGUGGGACUGGAGAUGGUGGUGCAGACCCUUCUGGAUUUAACCAAGAGCAAACAGCAGGCGGCUCAGCAGCAGGGGAGCCCCACGCCUGCCCCGCCCACCAAGGAGCCGUUCACAUGCGCGCAAUGCCAGACCGACUUCACAGCCCGCUGGCGGCAGGAGAAGAGCGGCGGCUCCAUCCUGUGCGAGCAGUGCAUGAGCUCCAACCAGAAGAAGGUGCUGAAGGCGGAGCACACCAGCCGGCUGAAGGCGGCCUUCGUCAAGGCCCUGCAGCAGGAGCAGGAGAUCGAACAGCGCAUCCUGCAGCAGGCCGCCACCGCGCCCAGCGCCAAGAGCUCGCCUUCGCCCACGACCUCCGUCCCCUCGCCUGUGGGGAAGGCGGAGCACGCGCUGGUGUCCGCGCAGUACAAAGCGGUCCGCUCCGCCCUGCCCCAGCAGCAGGCCGGCAGGGUCAGCCACUACCACUCCAGCUCCAUCAAGCAGAGUCCGGGGCAGCUGGCGCGGAGCGUGCAGGCGGCGGUGGUCAGUGCCAGCUCACGCGCCCUCGCCCACGGAUUCACCACGUCCUCGCAGCUGCAGAGCGCCGUGUCCGCCGCCGCGCUCGUCAGCAGGCCAGGUAAGCACGCCGUGCGGGCAGGGGCGAAGAGCGGCAGCAGUGGCAGUAACCCCGCCCCCGGUGCCUGGAGGAAGCAGAGCAGCAGCGCCCCAGGUGUCACUAUGGCCUACGUCAACCCCAGCCUCUCUGUACACAAGACCACCUCCCCAGUGGACCGGCAGCGAGAGUACCUUCUGGACAUGAUUCCUUCCCGCUCUCUCUCCCAGACCACAAACACCUGGAAAUGAUCCCUCCCCCAACCACUCUUCCCUAAUGAAAUGAUCUCUUCUUAUAAGUCGACUUCAGACAGCGACUGGAUAUCGAUAUCAGCUGACCAGCUAUCAAGCAAUAAUUAAAAAAACAAAAAAACAAAAAACAACUUUUCUCUCUGCUUAGUGGAGACCUCUAGUCCAGUCUGAGAGUACUAUGAACCAGUCCUGAGAGACUGGACGAUGGAUCAAUGUUAACAAAUAGAAAGCUGGGGACCUUGUGCAUAGGCCUUGUGUGUAUUAAGUCUAUUCACUGCUCUGCUGGCUGCAGCAGUUCUGCCACAUCAAUGCUGGUGAUGGUGCCCCCCCACCCACUGUCUCCUUCAGCUUCACUUCUGCUUGUAGUCCCACGGGUGCUGGGAUGCUCAUGGUAUACGAGGUGACUGAUGGACCCCCUCCGUUUUAAUAAACAUGCCUGUAUCCUUUUAACAGAGGGAGGGUCCCCAGACUGCACAUGAAGCCAGGCAGUUUUGUUUUCAUACUAGUCUUUGGACCAUGUCUGAGUGCUUUAGCUUUGUGAAACUUAGAUUUUCAAUGGGGCACAAACAUGCAGCACCUUGAAACAGUGACGUGGGAGUGCAAGUAUGUAAUUCUGUUGUCAAGGUUUUUAUUUUGGGUUUGCUUACUUUCUGGACUCAUUCCACCCCUUUCUUUGAGCUGUCCUUUGUUUUGGGGGGGGCUGAACUUUUAAAGGUAUUGUUAUACUGCUGAGGUGGUUUUACAUCUGCCACUUUGGUGUGUAUUUUAAGUACUUUUAAAUGCAUCCCCCCGCCCCCCCAAUAAAAUGUGACCACGGUUUUGUAAGGGGAAUGGGGGGUUACUGACAUGCAGCAGUAAAACUCUUAACUUUU